AGGGAUCAUGCUGAUAUAAUCGGCGUGAAGGGUGCCCAGUGGGAGGAUCGAGAAAUAUCAUAUCAAUGAUCGCUCACCCAACGGAACUACAUCAACGACCAGAGAGUUACAUGGGUCAUGUUUAUCAAACCCGUAAUAACUAUUCAUUUGGGAAGAACGCGGCUUUUGGAUCACAUUCACCAUGAAAAAAUUCUCAUACCAAAAAUUUUUCCUUUGUCUGAGGCAAGGAGCUUUUUUAAUUUAGAAGAGCACAUAAUUUGCUAAAAAAUGAUAAAGCCCUGCACAGUGGUCGCUGCCUGGAAAUUUUCAAUAGUUCUUGCGUUUUUAAACGUGCUUGCAAGACGUCGUGCAGAUACGCUAAAGAAGAACUUAAUGGCGCUCCGUAAUCCUGUGAAUAGACCGUCAUGGAAGUUUAUUUCCAGUAGACCGAAUGCUUGCAACAAUCAAAUGACGUCAACGUCAUGCUGCCAUCGCCUAUCAAGUAAUUCCCAUGCAGAUCAAAGGAUGCAAAGAAUGUUCUGAAAAGAUAUAUUAGGGUAACAACUACAUUUGUGGUUUCGCCUUUCCAACCUUUUUAUUUUGGCACUACAAAACUUUUCAGUAAUUUCAUUUUUGAGACUUGCGUUUACAACACUUUAUUUCAGGAUGUUUGUUGCAUAAUGCAAUAAUAAUUUUCACAUUGAAUAGUAUUUGUUGUGCAUAUUCUAUUGUCUUCCCAGUUGCUUAUUUCAUUAUCUUCCCUGCCAUAGUUGAUUAUGGGUGCACUAUCUCUUUAUCAAGUUGUCAUUGGUUUCAAAUGCUCAUUUUGGCGUCUUUUCAUCAAUAAGUAAAGAAC